AUAUAUAUAACAAAGUCACUAGCCACUUUACUCUUCUCCUCCUUAGCUUCUCAUAUUUUUCUCUGAGAAUUGAUCAGAUAGAAGCAGUCGAUGGAGUUGGGAAAUAGAUGGUCUCUUCGAGGAGAAACAGCCUUGGUCACUGGCGGAUCCAAAGGGAUAGGGCGUGCUAUUGUGGAAGAACUGGCAAGAUUUGGAGCAGCAGCUCAUACGCGUGCCAGGAAUGAAGCAGAGCUGAAAGAGAGUUUGCAGAAAUGGACAGAUCUGAAGCUUCAGGUGACUGGUUCGGUCUGUGACGUCUCGUCCUCGGAAGAGAGGGAGAAGCUCAUAAAGGAAGUCAGCGCCAUCUUCAACGGCAAACUCAAUAUCCUAGUUAAUAAUGUAGCGUCUGGUUACAUUAAACCAGUUUUAGAGGUGACUCAAGAGGACUACAAGCACACCAUGAACACUAACUUGGAAGCUGGUUUCCAUUUGAGUCAACUCGCUCAUCCUCUUCUCAAGGCAUCUGGACGGGGCAAUAUCAUCUUCAUUUCUUCAAUUGCUAGUCUCGAAGGAACCACUUUUAUGUCCGUCUAUGGAACAUCUAAGGGAGCGAUGAACCAACUCACUAGAUGCCUCGCUUGCGAAUGGGCUAAGGACAAUAUUCGUAUCAAUUGUGUUGCUCCCGGUGUCAUCAAUACGCCGAUGGCUAAGUGGCUCACGGAGAACGAAGAACUGGUAGCGAAGUGGUGUCAUCGUACUCCGCUUGGCCGUGUGGGAGAGCCUGAGGAAGUGGCAGCUUCGGUUGUUUUUCUUUGCCUUCCUUCUUCCUCUUUCAUCACCGGUCAAGUGAUUGCCGUCGAUGGAGGUAAAACAAUAUGCGGUGACUAUUAAAUCUCGACGUGUGUGUGUAUAUAUAUCUACACACACCACUUUAAUAAAAACAUGGGCAUGUAUGUUAUAUGAUGGUAUGCAAAUUGGUUCUUUAUUUUGAUUUGAAUUGUUUGGUUUUGGGACUCA